GCAAACCGGAAAAACAGCAUACUAGUAAACGACCAGCAUCGCAGCUUUUCAAGCAUUUCGAGACUCAAGACAGCCGCCUGCUUGUGCCUUGCAACUCGCGAGCCCUCCCACAUCAGUAGUAGUGCACCAAUCAAGGCCUAUCAAGAUGCUCCUGCUCCGUGCCGCCCGCGGGGCGCGCGCAUUGAGCACCCGUGCAUUGAGCACGGCACCCCAGUUCGACGAAGCCAUGGCAAAAGCUUACAACAUCGUCGCGGAGAAUCACCGACACAAAGACGGCCCUUGGUCCCGAAUGCGCGAUAAGGUGGUCGACGCCGUCGCGGGACGAUCAGGCUGCACCAUCCUGGAUCUCGCGAGCGGGCCGGGAGAACCCGCAGCGACGGUAGCCGAAGCGCUGCCCGAUGCUGUCGUGCUCGCCACGGACGUGGCCGACGCAAUGGUCGCGGCCGCCACCAAUGCGACGUCGCACCUCUCGAACGUGAAAGUACAGCUGGCCGACGCCCAAAACCUCGAGGGCAUGAGCGACGCAUCCUUCGACGUCGUGACCUGCUGCUACGGCUACAUGUUUCCCACGGAGAAGGAGACGGCGCUCGCGGAAACGCUACGCGUGCUGAAACCGGGCGGCACGCUCGUCGCGACGACGUGGGACAUCCUUUAUAUGAUGCCGCUCGCGCGAGACGUUAUGACGGACGUGCUCGGUAAGGAGCCGCCGACGCCGGACCUCAACCCCAUGUCGCUCGCCGAGGAAGGCUUGUUCCGAUCCCUGGUCGAGGGGGCCGGAUUCGUGUCCGUGGAGCAAGCGACAUCGACCUAUCCGUUCGACCUCGGCACGGACAGAUACAUGCAGUUCCGCUGCGGUACGCUGCCGCUCAAGCAGAAAUUCGACGAGCUCGACUGCUGGGCCCAGGCCGAGAGUGCCUUCUGGGAGCACGUCCCGAAGUACGCGUCGGUCGAGAACGGUGCGCUCGUCAUGCCCGGGAACACGUUCCGCCUGACGACGGCCCGCAAGCCCUAAAGACCACUACAAUAAGCAUAAGUUUA